AUGUCUUCCCUCAAAGUUCUCAUCUCAGGUGGAGGCAUUGGCGGCCCGGCCCUUGCGUUCUGGUUGGCAAAGCUCGGCCACGAUGUAACCAUCCUUGAGCGAUCCCCUUCCCUUCGCGUUCAGGGUCAACAAAUCGACCUUCGAGGCCAAGGAGUUACUGUUGUGCGCCGCAUGGGACUCGAAGGACUCAUCCGCGACAAGGUGGUCAACGAAGCUGGCGUCCGAUUUGUCAACGGCAAAGGGAAGACACAGGCGACCUUUGAAGCAAACAAAUCUGGUGUUGGCAAGCAGGGCUUUACAUCAGAAUUCGAAAUUAUGCGCGGCGAUUUGGUUCGGCUGCUUUUCGAUAAGACGACUGCACUUGGAGUGAAGUACAUUUUUGGUGUCAAGAUCGAGACGUUCGAACAGGAUGCAGGCUCGGUAACGGUCCACCUGUCAGACGGAACCACGGACACAUUCGACCUGCUGGUCGGAGCUGAUGGUCAGGGAUCCAAGACGAGACGGCUCAUGCUCAGCCCUGGCGAGAAGGAUCCGUUCUAUCCUCUUGGCGUGCAUAUGGCCUUUUACACCGUCCCGAAAUGGAAGACGGACGACAACUACGCCACGGUGUGCGUGUGUCCCAAGAAGCGUGUGCUCUUUUCCAGAAACGACAAUCCUGAGACGACCCAGGCAUACCUCGCCGUGUGUCCACCAGACAAGCAGACGGAGAAGCUUCUCAUCGAAACGGAAAGAAGCCGCGAUCUUGUACGGCAGAAGCAGGUGUGGUCAGAGCUCUUCAAGGAUGCUGGCUGGCAAGCCGACCGCUUUUGCGAUGCGCUCAACGAAGACGGUGUUUCUAACGACUUUUACUGUGUCGAGAUUGGACAGAUACGCAUGGGCAAGUGCUACAAGAACCGCGUGGCCCUUCUUGGAGAUGCGGGAUAUGCACCCAGCGUCUUGACGGGCCGGGGCACGACAUGUGCGUUCAUCGGUGCCUACGUGCUCGCUGGCGAGAUCUCCAAACACUGCUCGGGGUCUUCAGGGAAGGCGACGGACGGUAUUCCUGCCGCCCUCGAGUCAUACAACAAUGAGAUUUUGGAGCUCAUGAAGGAAGUUCAAGACAUUGGUUUUAAGCCGUCCUGGAUCUACCCCAACUCGUCGUGGGUUAUUUCAAUUCUGUACACGAUCUUGUGGUUGGUGUCUACUUUGAGGAUCGACAAGAUUCUCCAGCGACUCCAAUCAGAUGAUGUGCCGGGCUGGCAACUUCCUGAUUAUUCUGGGCUUGCGUACGCCGAAGAGAAGGAAGCCAAGAAGCUCGCUCAUUGA